CCCUGCAUACGGCCACACUAAUUAAGCAAGUACGUAGUACGCCUCCACUCCACUAGCACUAGUUAGGUGAAACGAUAUGGGAUUGCAGAUGUGCUCUUCUUCCUCUUCCUCGCAGCACGCACGGGUGGCUGCUUGGGUGCUCCUACCGCUGCUUUGCUUUUCCAUGGUGUUAACCAGAGCACAUGGAGGAGAGUCUCGCAAGGUUUAUGUAGCUUACCUAGGCGACGUGAAGCACGGGCACCCGGACGAGGUCGUCGCCUCGCACCAUGACAUGCUCACCACUCUUCUCCAAAGCAAGGAGGAUGCUUCGGCCUCCAUGGUCUACAACUACAAGCAUGGUUUCUCGGGCUUUGCCGCCAUGCUCACCGCGGACCAAGCAACAAGGCUUGCAGAGUUUCCGGGAGUCAUCAGUGUUGAACGGAGCAAAACAUACAGGACCACCACCACACGGAGCUGGGACUUUCUUGGGCUCAACUACCCGUCCUCCCAUACGCCGGCCAGUGAGCUACUCCAGGCAAGCAACUACGGAGAGGAUAUAAUCAUCGGUGUGGUUGACACCGGGAUCUGGCCGGAGUCGAGAAGCUUCAGCGACCAAGGGUACGGGCCCGUGCCAUCAAGGUGGAAAGGAAAAUGCCAGGUUGGGCCAGACUGGGGCAGCAACAACUGCAGCCGAAAGAUCAUUGGCGCACGGUUCUACACCGCCGGGGUCCCCAAAGAAUACUUCGAAGGAGAACCACUCUCGCCACGGGACCAUGCCGGCCACGGCACACACACGGCCUCCACCGCGGCUGGCUCGGCUGUGGGGCAGGAAGCUGCCAGCUUCCAUGGCAUUGCCGCGGGGGUCGCACGGGGAGGCGCGCCACACGCUCGCAUCGCAGUGUACAAGUCCUGCUGGAGCAAGGAGGGCCACUGCCCCACGCCGGCCGUGCUAGCCGCCAUCGACGACGCCAUCCAUGACGGGGUGGACGUUCUGUCAUUGUCCCUGGAAAUGAGCGAGAACUCAUACGGUACACUACAUGCGGUCCUGAAGGGGAUCGUCAUGGUGCACACCGCUGGCAACGCUGGGCCGCAUAUGCAGACCAUCAGGGACACCUCGCCGUGGGCCAUCACCGUCGCGGCGACCAACAUCGAUCGCUCGUUCGAUACAGUGAUCACGUUGGGAAACAAGCAACAAAUAGUGGGACAAUCUCUCUAUUACCAAGGGAAGAAGAGCUCAUCAUCCAGGAGCAGUUUCGGAGAUUUUGGAUGUUUACGAUCUUGUACCGCAGAGGUUUUUGACGGCGCCCAAGACCUGAAAGGGGCGAUCCUCCUCUGCAACGAUCAAAGGGAAGCUUUAUUCCCGGCGGCGCAAUACCUCAUGGAUAGAGGAGGAACUGGACUCAUCAUCGUGUCAUCCACGACGGACGACAUGAGACCCGUGACAGAUUGCGAAGGCAUCGCCUGUGUAGUUGUCAACAUUGACGACGCGGAGAGGAUGUGCCAAUACUCCGAGGACACAAGCUCUGCCCAGGCAAAGAUUGAACCGGCGGGCACCGUUACGGGCAAGGAGAUACUGGCCCCAAAAGUGGCCAUCUUCUCCUCCAGAGGCCCAUCUGUUACUUACCCCGCCAUUCUCAAGCCUGACAUAGCUGCACCUGGAGCCAACAUCCUGGCAGCAAAACAAGAUGGCUACGUAUUUAAGUCAGGGACGUCCAUGGCAGCCCCUCAUGUAGCGGGCAUCGCAGCGCUACUCAAAGUUCUGCACCCAUACUGGUCUCCUGCGGCAAUAAAAUCUGCCAUGGUUACCACUGCCCAUGUAACCGAUGAACGUGGCAUGCCGAUAAUGGCGGAAGGAAUAUCGCGGAAGAUCGCCGACCCAUUCGACUACGGAGGCGGGACCAUCAAUCCUUGCGGGGCGGCUCAUCCCGGCCUCAUAUAUGACAUCGAUCCAAGUGAUUACAGCAAAUUCUUCAAAUGCACCAUCAGCAACAAGAGGACACCCGUGGAUUGCAACACCACCACCAUGCAACCAGCGUAUUACUUGAACCUGCCAUCCAUAUCGGUUCCCGAUCUCAGGCAUCCCAUCACCGUUUCCAGGACUGUGACCAAUGUCGGCGAGGUCAAUUCUGUGUACCAUGCCGCAGUCCAGAGCCCAGCAGGAGUCAAGAUGGAGGUCGUCCCGCCCGUUCUUGUGUUCGACGCUACCAACAAAGUUCAGACGUAUCAGGUGAAGCUAUCACCUAUGUGGAAGUUGCACGGGUACUACACAUUUGGUAGCCUUACCUGGCAUAACGACCAAAAGACAGUGAGGAUUCCAAUUGUGACACGACUUACAAUUGAAGAAUUCUACUGAGUUGUUGCGUAAUAAAAUAAAAAUAUCAUUUCCACA